UCUCCCCCUCCUCGCCCCUGCCUGCACUAUAUGUUACAUUUCCAGCCCUCUCCUCUCGCUUUUUUACGCAAGCGGACGUCCACGGCACAGCGACACAAGUGCGCACUACAGGCAAGAGAGAACGAGGCACGGCAGGCGGACGGACGGCGGCGGCGGCGGGUACCGGAGCGACGACGCGGCGGUGUGUCUUUCUUUGUUGGACACCGGCGGACUGGAUGGUGGAUUUGUUUAUUCUAUGGAUUUGGAUCAGGGGCUAGGAUAACUUCGCAUGGGACAAAACCCGCCUUCUUUCAUGUCAUCCACCGAUUUGUUUCGCCCGGCGUGUUGACGCCAGUGGAAAGGGGGGAAACGGAGGCUACCGGAGGAGCGCAAUUGACAGAAAGGCGACAUGAAUAUACACGCGUUUCCGUCCACCAGCUGUACAGGGUAGAUGCAAACAAAACGGCUUUGCGAUCUCAGAUGUGCUUUCAGGAGCUUAGAUUGCAGCAACGUGGGUCGGUUCACACGCAGACAAGGAAAAGAUGCUCUGCUGCUGCUGCACGCUUGAGGUUUUGCACCGUAGGGCAGUGUGUUAUUGACGAUUUGCACGGCGUGGAAUAAUGCAUCGAGACACAACUUUGUUCACAGGCCUGACAGACUGCGAGCCGUUUGAUUAUAAAAUCUUUUAAAAGUGCAUUUACGUGCUAGCCUGGCGUAUGCUAUAGUAAUCCUGUUAGUCUUGAAUAUAGCUCAGUGCUUCAGUAAACGCCAGUGCCAUUUAUCUGUCAGCCCCGGAGCCCUGCACUGUUUUACGGUUCACAUUUUAAACCCAAAUCCUGCAGUCUAUUGAUGUCACUGAUUGCGUUGUGUAGAUAAAACCCCAAAGCUCUCCAGCUGUGUUGCCAAAUGAUUGGUAAAUUGUUGAUGUAGGCAGGCCUAACCUUCGCUUAUGCAGAUCCAAUCGAUAGCGAGAUAAAGAAAGCUCUGGCAGGCUGUUUGUGCUACUCUGUAAGUGUCACGGGGGUGUGUUUUAAAAUCCUAUCUAGUUUUUACACAUGCCCCACAGCAGCAGAGGAGCUGGUCGGUAGAGAGGGGAGACUGUCAAAACACUGUGUGGUGUCGGAGAAAAAUACUGUAGAGCAGCGUCUCAAGCAAAGUUUCAAUGGUUUUCCGAAAGUUGCCCGGUGUGUCGGCAUCGGGCAUGGGUCUGCGCCUGUCCCAGAAAUUCGUGUUUCUGCUCUUUCUCUCGGGUUUGGUAACACUGUGUUUUGGGGCCCUUUUCUUUUUGCCCGACUCUGUGCGACUAAAACGCAUUUUUCUGUCCAAGACAGAGACCCAGCCAGUCACUGUUGGCUCCGGGUCUGAGAACGAUGCCAGGGAGCACUUAAAAAGACCCAAGGACCAGGAGCACCCGCGGGGCAUGACCUCAGCCAAAGGAGAGACGAGCACCAAGCUGAAAAGUCUGAGUCGCAAACCGCCCGUCUCUCAUGAGGCGACCGAGGAGCGGCUCGCCGGGGGGAAAGCGCAGGAGGACUUGACUCUGUCCAGGUCGAAACCGGAGUCCGCUUCGGCGAAAUCGACCUCCGCUGACCACGGUGCCCACUCGGAUACUUUCAGUUACAACAAGUUUAAGGAGUGUCUGCAGAAACCCCCGCUGGGGAGAGACAAAGGCAAGCCGAGCGAUCCCCAAACCAACGAGCGCCGGGAGAAAGUUAAAGAGAUGAUGAAGUUUGCCUGGGACAACUACAAGCGCUACGCCUGGGGCAAGAAUGAGCUGCGGCCUUUGACGAGGAACGGGCAUAUUGGCAACAUGUUCGGUGGCCUGAGAGGAGCCUCUAUCAUUGACUCUCUGGACACGCUGUAUAUUAUGGGAAUGAUGGACGAAUAUAACGAUGCCAAAGAGUGGGUGCAGACGAACCUGGACCUGAACUCGCUGUUCAAGAGCAAAGUAUUGGAGCUUGGAGAGAAGCUGCUGCCUGCCUUCAACACACCAACAGGAAUCCCCCGAGGAGUCAUCAACCUGGGGAGUGGCAACAGUUGGAGCUGGGGCUGGGCCUCAGCCGGGAGCAGUAUCCUGGCUGAGUUCGGGACCCUUCACCUCGAAUUCGUCCACCUGUCGGAGCUCUCCAGGAAUCCCAUCUACACAGAGAAGGUGAUGAACAUCAGAAAACUACUGAAGAAGAUUGAAAAACCUCACGGCCUGUACCCCAACUUCCUCAGUCCAGUCAGCGGCAACUGGGUCCAACAUCACGUUUCCAUCGGUGGCCUCGGGGAUAGUUUCUACGAGUAUCUGAUCAAAUCAUAUCUGAUGUCAGACAAGACGGACGACGAUGCAAAGAAGAUGUACUACAACGCGCUGGAGGCGAUUGAAGCUAACCUGGUGCAGAAAUCACCUGGUGGUCUCACCUACAUGGCCGAGUGGAGGGGAGGAAUUCUGGACCACAAGAUGGGCCACCUGGCCUGCUUCUCUGGGGGCAUGAUCGGCAUCGGGGCUGACGACGGAGCUCCGGAGAAGAGGCAACACUACCUGGACCUGGCUGCCGAGAUCACACACACAUGCCACGAGAGCUACGAUCGCUCAGGUGAGUGGAAAUGUCAGGAAUGUUGAAAACGGGUAUUAAGA